AAAGUAAGAGAGAAAGAGAGAGUCUCAGUGACUUGUCGCUUAAGAAGAAGGGGAAGAAGAAGAAUAUAAAAGAGGAGCUAAGAGAGAAAGAGUAGAAGAAGAAGAAAGACGAUGGCGAGGUACGACAGAGCAAUAACAGUGUUCUCACCAGAUGGGCAUCUCUUCCAGGUCGAGUACGCGCUCGAAGCCGUGCGCAAGGGCAACGCUGCCGUCGGCGUCCGCGGCACCGACACUAUCGUCCUCGGCGUCGAGAAGAAGUCCACCGUCAAACUCCAAGAUUCCAGAUCAGUUAGGAAGAUUGUAAACCUGGAUGAUCACAUUGCACUAGCCUGUGCUGGACUCAAGGCGGAUGCUCGUGUCCUAGUCAACAAGGCACGGAUUGAAUGUCAAAGCCACAGGCUUACAGUUGAGGACCCAGUGACCGUUGAGUACAUUACUCGUUACAUUGCUGGUCUACAGCAAAAGUACACACAAAGUGGGGGUGUGAGACCAUUUGGCCUUUCAACUUUGAUUAUUGGGUUUGAUCCCUAUAGCGGUGCACCAUCACUCUAUCAGACAGAUCCUUCUGGGACAUUUUCAGCUUGGAAGGCUAAUGCAACUGGAAGAAACUCUAAUUCAAUACGCGAGUUUCUGGAGAAAAACUACAAAGAAACUUCUGGGCAAGAAACGGUGAAGCUUGCGAUCCGUGCAUUGCUUGAGGUUGUUGAGAGUGGGGGAAAGAACAUAGAGGUUGCUGUGAUGACUAAGGAGCAUGGUCUGCGGCAACUUGAGGAAGCUGAAAUUGAUGCUGUUGUUGCUGAAAUUGAAGCGGAGAAAGCAGCUGCUGAGGCUGCGAAGAAGGCCCCUCCAAAGGAAACAUGAUCUCAUUUUUCCUUUUCUUGUUUUUCCCUUUGUUUUUAGUUGAUAUACUGCACACAAUGUUAUUUGGAGUUGUAUUCGGUACUUUGGAAUUGCCGUUGUUAUCCAUUUGGAUAGUAUGGAAGCAUUGAGUGACGAGCUUUAGAACAA